AUGGAAACUGAAGAUCACCAUCUUCCUGGCCAGAUUCCUCAAGUUUGUGAAGUUGCUAUUGAAGAGACAUCCGAAUACGAAAGUUCAAAUACCAGAUCUUCGACUAGUCCUUUGAAUCGCAUUUCAUUAAAUUCCGACAUAUCAAAGGCUGUAAGCUCACCAAAGACAAAAACUAUGGCUUCUCGUCCAUCUACUCCUCUUAAAAAAACGAGUGAGAAUGUGAAUGAAAAUAUCGUUCCAAGCAAUGAUGGUCAUCCAACCAUGCGAGAUUCUAGCAAUGACAUUGCAUUCAAAGCCGAAAAUGAUAGUGGUUCAACUGUUACCAUUUCGUCCACCUUAUCACCUUUACAUCCUCCCAUGCAACAGACAUUUAUACAGUCUGAUUCUCCUCGCACGUUAGCAAGUCAAAUGAGAUCUCUUCGACGGAGUAGCAUCACAUUUGCUGACAAAGAGGUACUUAAACCAAUCAAGAGUUCUUCUACUCCUACACAACCGUAUCGCCGACAAACUAUGGAAAGAAAAAGUAGUAAUGCACGUAUGGCAUCACGACUAUCGAGGCAAAUUGGACGUUCGGGAUCAGUGCCAAAGUUUAAAGAACGAGAACCUGUGGUAGAGACUGAUAACCCAGUUGACAACGAAGAAACAGGGGAUAUGGACGAGCUCACGUUUACAUUACCAGAACUAUCUAAAGAUGGAAAUGUUACUGGGCGAACUGUACGAGAAUCGUGGCCAAUUGAUCACGUGAUGGUACUCUACAUGCUCUCACGAUACGCUGUGAGUGCGCGUACAAAAGAAGAAAAAGAAUCAUGGAUUCGUCAAAUCCCGUUGCUUGUGUUAAUGUAUGAAGGAAUUGCAGCUGGGGCUAUCAACUUUGACUAUGCACCAGCAGCAAUGGUAAUAGCUCAAGAAGGACGACCAAAGCGUAUUUGGAUGAACACUACACAAGAUGGUAAAUCUGCAAUCGACGAUCUACGGGAAGCCGAUUUGAUUAAUGGCUUAAAGCUCUCGACCAAAGAUUAUCAUUCUGUCACGGCAUUUCAAGUCUCUUUUCGAGGACUUCAACUGCUGUCUCAAGUUAGUAAAGAGUUGAUUGCAAAGGUCGACUCCUUUAUCUUUGCUCCAAAACCUUAUCGUCGUGAACUUUUGAAAAUUCGGUACAUUCCAAUUCGAGACCCACCAGAUGGACUUACUGCCUCAGAAACAAAUGUUCCGGCGUGGACGUAUACCAACGAAAGUCACGAUAACCUGACGUCAGGAGUCAGCGGAAUAGUUCCGAUUGAUACGAACAAAGAGCCCGAAUUCAAUGAAGAAGGUCGUUUUAUUCUUGAAUCCAUCGGAUAUUUUCGAUAUUCUGGCGUGACGGAAACUGAAGACGUAUCGUACGUCUCAAGUCCUUUUGUUCCACAAUGUGUACGAAGCUUAGAAUCUCAUCAACAAUUAUCCUCCAAUGCUCAUCGAGCGCUGGAAGCUGCCGGUGGACAAUCUAACAUUCGUGAUACUCUUUCCGAAGCAAUUGUUUUAGCUAAUCCAGUCUGUUUAGUUGGUGAGUGGAUUCCAUUUGGUUCAAAUCAAAUUGUUGCUCUCAAUGAACGUCUUGGCUCAAUGGAUCGAUGCCAAGGUGGUUUAUUUACAUCACUUAUUGACGAUCGUCCAACAGAUACGCAGUUUGAAGUCCCUCCUGGUUUAACCGAAGUUCGAAUUCUUGACUAUGAUCCUGUACGAUAUAUCAACUUUGAGGCUGAAAUUAACUUUCCAGAAGAUGACGGAAUUGUACAAGUUGAAAACUUUGGGAUUCACCUGAAUGUAGAUGGCACAAUCUUUUACGGCAUCAAAGUUGAUGCGAUCUUGGACAAACGAGCGGAUCGUAUUUCGGUGGAUUUAUUGUCGCGUUUACUAGUUGAUAUCCAUCAAGAUUCAUCGGAAAUCAUGAAUGAUUUACUCUCAUCUUACCAAACAAGUUUACUCGAUAUGGUCUUUUUGGGAGAUAUCGCAAAUCGUGGUAAAUUUAAUAUGAUCAUGGCUGAUCAAAUUGAUCCAUUCAUGCCUGAAUUGGAAUAUAUGGAUCGAGGAGAUUUUGAAAACGAACUGAAACAAGUACUGGGUGAUAUUCAUUGUGCGUAUGAUAUUGGUGACGACAGUGUAUUGAUUGUUGGAAGGGAUGGCAUUCUCAUUGCUGGAUCUGCGUCGAAACGUUUUGAAAAAGUCUUUAUUUCGUACUUUUCGCUCUUAUGUCGUGAAAUGUUCUUGCGUAGUUUCUUUACGCGUAUUUUUGUACUUGAAGAGCUGCUGAAGCAUAUUCGUGAGCUCAUCUUUCGAGCUAAGGAGGAUCCGCAUCAUCUUGUUACGAUUCGUGGCAAAUUGAAUCAAGCAACCAAUGACUUGAUUCUUUUUACUGAUACAAUGGGAUAUCUCCUGGAAUCGUUAGAAGUUGUGAAAAUUCCACAAAAGUCAGCAAAUGCAAGCGAAGAAGAAGAAAUGAUCUUUAGUUAUCUCGAUUUAAAAAAGCAACAUCAUGAUAUUUUAUUACGUGCUCGUGAUCUGGAGAAAUUAGUACAUGGCGCGAGAUACGAAAUUGUGAACUUAAGACAAAUGGCCGAAGUUCUUAAUACUUCGGAGCUUGAAGACAUCUUCAAACUUGUUGAAGGCAAUACAAAGGAGCUUGCUGAUUCAUCUCUAACAGUUGAACAGUGUGGCUCGUCACUUGAACUCGUGCAAGUCUUGCUAGCUGGAAGCUUUGCUUUUACUUUAUUAGAUCGAAUUCCAGGAGGAAGUUUAAAUGUCGAGAUGCCUCAAUGGGUCAACUUGACGUUUGCGAAGACAAUAAUUGAUGUACCUCUACUGUUUUUCGUUCUUAAUAUCCUUUGGAUGGUUGGUUGCGUCUAUGCGUUAAUCCGAUAUAAAAAGUCAAAGACUUAUGAUGUUGAGCAUGGACGACGAACUUUGCACAUUAAAGUCAACAAAGCAAUUGAUAUUGAUAAUUUUGAAAUCUUUCUCAAUACGCGCGUACUUGAGAAGCAAGAAAGCGUAUCUCAACUUGCAUCUGAAGUACGUCGCGUUGUAUGGAAAGAUUUUGGUCUUCAACCUUGUAGUGAUGAACGAGCUCAUCCACGCAAAAGUAUUGCUUAUGUCAAAGGAUCAGUCUCAUGGAAGCACAAAGUGAUAGAUGCUAUGAUGACUCGAUUGGAAAAAUGGCAAGCUCGAACAAAAGACAAAGUGAAUGAAAUAACUGCAGUAUCAACAGGUAAAGCAACAUCUUCUUAUGCGACUUCGGGUCUUUUAGAGUCUGGAAUACCCGUGGAAAUUGAAGUGGAGUAUGAUAGUCGUUAUGGGUUUUUACUAUUCGUUACGUUUAAAUUUCAAAUUCGAGACAAGAAACUUUCUUGCAUUCAACAGAUCCAAAAAAAAGGUUUUCAAAUGAAAGAAUGGAUUCGACAUGGAAGUCGAACAGCGACAAAAUCAAAACAAAAACCUGAUGAAAGUACUUGUCCACGCAACGAAACGCUGAUCUUGGAAGAAGAAUUGAUGAGCUGGUUUGCUAUGGAAAUGAAACAACAUGGUGUGAUCAAGAGUAUUGAUAUCUUCUUAGCGGCACUUUAA